AUGAUGACACCGAAUCUGAGAUCGGUCGUUGCGCAGUGUCACCGGCUUGGUGGUUGUUCCAUUGGGUCUCACCAAGCUCGCAAUUUCUCUUCACCCGCUCCUGGCAAUGGAGUCUUGAAUAGUUCGGCCUCAUCUCGUCUCUUGUGGUGGGAUCCUUCUGGUGUUUUUUCAUGUUUUGUUUAUGGAGCGUUGGCGCAGGCUGGUUGGGAAAUGUACAAGAUGAUCAAAGUCAAGCGAAGCGCGCAUAGACGUUUGAUCGAUUUUAGAGCUCGGUCGUUACGUUUUCGUCAGGAGCUCUUCAAGACUCUUGCUCAAAAGAUAGCGAUGAGCGAGGAGAAAAUCCAUGUCUUCACGAAGCAAAUAGCAAUGAGUGAGGAGAAAAUUCAGAUCAAGGAAGAGAUCAAGAAAGAGAUCAAAGAACAGAUCAAGCAAGAGGUCAAAGAACAUAUCAAGGAAGAGAUCAAAGAACAGAUCAAGGAGCAGCAGCAGUUGCUGAUGAUUAGGGAUAAGAGAGAAGAAAAACAAAAAAACAUGUUUAGGGAAGAGCUCUGCAAAGCCCUUGGAGGAUGA